AUGCGUCACAACCAAGCAAAAUCCUUGGCUCAGGCGCCCAAGCCUGCCACCAAGCCCAAGCCUGCCACCAAGCCCAAGCCUGCCACCAAGCCCAAGCCUGCCACCAAGCCCAAGCCUGCCACCAAGCCCAAGCCUGCCACCAAGCCCAAGUCUGUCACCAAGCCCAAGCCUGCCACCAAGCCCAAGCCUGCCACCAAGCCCAAGUCUGCAAACAAGGCCAAGCCAGCCUCCAGCCAUGGGUCACCAACAAAAACACUGCAGCUUCUGUCAGCGCCACCAAUCAAGGAGUGCCGCAACCUUGAAGCCGAUUUGCUCCGCUACAGCACCACUCCAGCGACUGCCGGCGCUACACCACAGCCAUUCCAAGACAGCGAGGAGACGUAUGCUGACGGCACUCAGCGAACCUGCUGGGCAUGCCACGAACCGGGCCAUGUGCUCCUGUGUGAUGCCUGCCACAAUGUCAUGCAUUUGAGCUGCGCGGGCGUGCAUGUGAAUGAAGCACAAACCCUCAAAAUCUGGAAGUGUGGAGCGUGUGAUCGAGCCACCUGGCUUCAACGCCUGCAAAGCAUGCAAGCAGCAACAAAGAAGCAGCCGCCGCAGCUUCCUCCUUGUUCGUCCCCAGCCGUGGACGGACGAUUGGAGCCGAAUCCGCACACGCCCAAACGAGCAAAGCUUGCACACAAGGUGGCUCGCAAGUUGGAACCAAGCCCAGUCAAGAUCCAUCUAUGGCUGUCCAAGACCGACCUCUUGCCCAGCAUGAUUCCACCCCGUUCAGAGGAAAGUAUGCAGCAGCUCAACCCCAAGCUUCAUGUUGCUCUGAAGCGCUGUGGAUGCUCCGUCCAGACCCUUCUACCCCAAUUGCUCCAACAUAUUUUGAUCCGGUAA